AUGAAGCAGUUUGUCGUGUUGAUCGCCGUUUUGGCCGUUGCGGCUGCAGCCCCUUCGGAAACCGAUGGAUUAUUGUCCAGCGCGCUCAAAUUUGUCAAAGACUGCGGCGACAAAUCGAUGGUGUUAUGCGUCAAGGAACGUGCCCUCCAGUAUGUGGACGGUGCCGAGGGCGACAUCGAGAUCACGGAGGGAAUCAAACUGGUCGAAACUGAGAAACCAACUAGCCAGGGCCGUUCGCUGAACGAAGUUGACCUGCCGCUGGAACCGGAAGCCCGCGAAUCCGAAAUCGACAGCCUGCUGGUCGACCGUGCCGCCCGUUUCCUCGGAUCGCACACCCUCCAGUUCAAGGUCCCCAAGGACUCGAUCGAGGACAUGCAGCGUUCCCUGGAUGAAGCUCGCGGCAAGAAGAAGAAGGUCAAGAAGCUGCUCCUGCCCCUGCUGCUGUUGCUGAAGCUGAAGGCCGCCGCCCUGCUCCCACUGGCCAUCGGAUUCCUUGCCCUGAUCGCCUUCAAGGCUCUGAUCGUCGGCAAGAUCGCCCUGAUCCUGUCCGCCAUCAUCGGUCUGAAGAAGCUGUUCGACAAGAAGCCCGAACAGAGCUACGAGGUCGUCGCCCACCCGCACUACUCGCACUCGACCUCCUUCGACGAUCACCAUGGAUACGCACGUUCCCUGGAUGCUCAGAAUCUGGCCUACUCUGCUCACACCCAGUAAGCUUGCCAUAAUGCUGUGUAGCGAGAAUUAGUGCCUCCCCUAUUCCCCCUUCACCAGUACUUCGUUCCAAACCCUAACUGAACCCACACUCUUCUCUUACAAUGCUUUCCCUCUGGGUCUAAAACCGCUGUCUCUUUUUCUCUAAUAAGAUCCUUCCGAAGUCGAACCUCCCGCACAGUCACGCUCACGUGAUUCGGACUGGUUGCGACGACUACUAGUUAAGUAGGUUUCAAUUCUUGGUCAUCCCAUUACCGAAAACCCCCUGUGACCCGGCCGGGUUCGGUCUGAAAGCCACCCGUGCAAACACACUCACACACACUCUUAGAUUAAUUUAAUUUAUUUGCGAUGAGAAGAAAAAGCGUAUUUAAUAAUUUAUUUUGCUCGAGAAUAUUUAUUUAGAUUAUUUGUUUUUAAAAGUAGUUUUUUCUCUUCUUCUCUCAAACUGUUCUCGUCUAAUCUACUACCCAACUGUCGCUGCGACGCUUCUCCUAGAUUCUAUGCAUGUGUCAUUUUUUCCUAUUUUCUUAAUACCAAAUAAUGCUCACUGAAAAAAAAAUCACGAUUACGGAUUAAAAGGCCUAGAAGAAGUACAGACGACGGCAGUCUUUGAGAACACUUUGACAAAGAAAAAAACAUAAAAGCGAAAAUACGUAAAGUUCAAAAUAGUUGUAAAUCGGAGUGAAUCUCAUCCGCACAGUAUGUCAGUAAUCUGAGAUCUUUAGCUUUAGCUCAUAGCCAAUAGUAACGGAUCAUUGAAGAAAGAAAACUAAACAUGCCAAAAACAAACAAACAAAACAAAAAAACAAUCACCUCAAACGCCUUGAUAGCCUCGAAGAAAACAUGCAGAAAGCAAGACUGUACAGACGCUGACUGAAACUGGUUGGGUGUUCCGAGGUGUCACGUUCCUUCAAGUUUGGUUAAAGCCAAGUUUGGAAAACGUACCGGAGCUCAAAUCUAGCGAAUUGUGUGACCGUUAUCGUAAGCGGAUCAUCGCGAUUUGCAUUGUUUCAGGGCACUCGACCCACGGACCUGGUGUCCACCCUCCCAAUGGACUGAUUAAAAUCAAAAUACUCGUGAAACAUAAAAGUUUAUAUUAAACUGUAGUAAGGUGACUUCUCUUGCACUAGAAAACGAACCCUCUCUCGUCCUAUCAACUCUCUAGUAGGCGCCCCAUUCGGCGCUUCGAAACUUUACCAAAACACCCAUACUCAAGAUAGAAUAAACUUUCUCUACCUCGGAUCUCCUAGAGAGCCGUUUAACCCCAACGCACGCGAUAACGCGAUAUUAGUAUUUCAAUUGUUCAUUUAAAUGCUCAAAUAACUGAAUUCUUCAUUCUACUGUCAAACUGCCUUCGAAUCUACCGAUAACAUCAGUCGAAUCUAUUCUCUCUUUUUAACUUGCUCUUUCACUCUCUUUUCUCUCACACUUCUCUAACGUCUCCAACGCGUGCCCUCUCAGCGUGUCACAAAAGAAAAAAAGCUUACAAAUUCUUAAAAACAAAUAACUAUUGCAAAAAAAAACCUUCUUGUAAGAAUGAUCUGUUCUGUUAUUUAUUGUUUAAAUUAUUGAAUGAAAAGAAGAAAAAAACACACA